GCCCGGGGAAGUUUGGGCUCGGCUCGGCCCCGGCCAUGGCCUUCCGCCGGCGGGCCAAGAGCCACCCGCUCUUCAGCCAGGAGUUCCUCAUCCACAACCACGCCGACAUCGGCUUCUGCCUGGUGCUCAGCGUCCUCAUCGCCCUCAUGUUCGAGGUCACAGCCAAGACUGCCUUCCUGUUCAUCUUACCUCAGUACAAUGUUAGUGUGCCUACAGCAGAUGGGGAGCUGGUCCAGUAUCACUAUGGGCUGAAGGACUUGGUCACCAUCCUCUUCUACAUCUUCAUUGCCAUCAUCCUGCACGCGGUGGUGCAGGAAUACGCCCUGGAUAAAAUCAACAGGCGUCUGCAUCUCUCCAAGGUCAAGCACAGCAAGUUCAAUGAGUCAGGGCAGCUGGUUGCCUUCCACCUCACCUCUGUCAUCUGGUGCUUGUACGUCGUGGUGACGGAAGGAUACAUUUCAAACCCCCGGAGUCUGUGGGAAAACUACCCGCAUGUUUAUCUGCCGUACCAGGUGAAGUUUUUCUACCUGUGCCAGCUGGCCUACUGGCUGCACGCCCUGCCCGAGCUCUACUUCCAAAAAGUCCGCAAGGAGGAGAUCCCCCGGCAGCUGCGCUGCAUUGCGCUCUACCUGCUGCACAUCGCCGGCGCCUACCUGCUCAAUUUAACCCGCCUGGGGCUGAUCCUCUUGCUGUUGCAGUACUUUGCUGAGUUCUUCUUCCACAUGGCAAGGCUGGUUUACUUCACGGACGAGAACAACGAGAAGCUGUUUAAUGUCUGGGCCGUGGUGUUUGUGGUCACCAGGCUCUUCACCCUCACCUUGUACAUCCUGGUCAUCGGCUUCGGGCUGCCACGCGUGGAGAGCCAGGCCCUGGACCCUGAGAGAGGGAACUUCUUCAGCUUCCUCUUCAACAAUAUUCUCUUCAGAAUGAGUGUGCUGCUGUUGGUGUGCCUCUUCCAGGCCUCGGUGAUGUGGCGCUUCAUCCACUUCCAGCUGCGGCGCUGGAGGGAGUACUGGAACGAGCAGAGCAGUCGGAAGCGAGCCGCCGCCGCCGCUGCUGGCACCAGGCAGCAAACCAAGCUGCUCAAGAGGGACUCGGGUUACCAUGAAAACGGAGUGGUGAAAGCAGAGAACGGAACCUCACCCCGCACCAAGAAGCUCAAGUCUCCAUAGAAGCCAAGGGUUGUCUCCUGGGGAGGAGGGCGAGAUACCAGGACUGAGCAGCCCCUCCUCCUGCUCCUCACGAGCGAGCGGCGUCCCAAAAGGCUCGGGAUCAUCUUCCCAAGGUGUCUCUCGCUCUCCUCCCUUCCUUUCUUGCUCUCGUGAACCGUUUGCAAUAAAACCAAAAAGGCCCCGUUCCCCUUCUCCCAUCCCCCUCAUAGGAACCUUUUCCAGCCUUCCUGGUUUUGCCUUCCUCUGAUCAUAAACCAGCGUGCAAUUUUUUUUUUUUUCCCUUUUCUAUUUUAGUGUUUGGUUAUUUUGGUUAAAUGGUUACAAAUGUAUCAUAGAUGGUUCCAAACAAUCCUUUUUUCUCCUACAGCAUGUUCCUCCCCUCUCUUCAUGGUGCUUCCCUGAGCCCCUGGGACAGGGCCACGACAGCUUGAAGGCACCAAAUGUGUGUUAUGGGAUCAGAUUCCUGGGGGAAUGUGCUGGGGCUGUGAGAUCUGAGGCUCAGGGGUGCUCUCAGGUGAGAUGGGGCACAACUGGCCAGCACUCAGCAGGAUGGUGAUGCUGCAAAGAGAGACCAGGGUCUGAUGGAGGAAGCUCAACCCUGUUUUGUCUCCUGGUGGACCUCUGGUUAAGUGGGGUUUUCUGAACUCUGUUUUUGAGAAUUUUCGUGAGCUGGGCAGCAGAGAAGGGAGAGAACUUCCCUCUUCAUAUGGAAGGUCCACCUCCCAGCCUCUGCUUGCCCCAGCUGGGUUUCUCUUGGCUGCCCCGUGGUUGUUCUGAGCCCAGGGCUCUGCAGCUCUCAGUGUUUUGUUAAGGGGCAGCAGCAUCCUCAGUUCCAUGAGAAUCCUUGAGGCCUGCCCUGCUCUGAGUGUUGGCCUGGCUCUUGUCAGCUCAGCCCUUUGCCAGCUUGUCUGUGCCUCUUGGACCUGGUGUUCUUGUUGCUUGUGACCACAUCCAAGUGACAAUGGGUUGCUGCAAAGGGUUUUUGCAUCAUUGGGACUGUGCCCCUCAUGCUGUCACCUCAGCCUUCCUCGUCCCUACCGUACCAGUCCAGCCAUGCCAUCGGCAGCCACCAGCUUCACUCUUUGUUUCCAAAGGAUACAGUGCUUGUAUCUACCCAAGGUGCUAUCAAAUCCAGGGUUUCUUCCAAAAAUCCUAGCCCCUUCAUCCCUUUCUGAGCUGUGAAUGAGAUGACAGGGAAGGAAGGCGAAGGAGGCCGGGGCUGCAAGGAGCAGCUUGCAUUUAGGAAGAGCCUGGCUUGUAACACGUAGCUGUUGGCAGAUGGAGUUGUCUCAAAUCUACCUCAGAGGCCAUCUGUUGCUGCAGACCACUUUCCCCUCUUGCUUCUGCCCACUGCCACCUCCACGUGCUGGCAAGAGGUUUUGUGGAAAGCCAGAUCCCACCAGCUUCACCCCUCGCUGAGUCUGCUGGGGAGCAGCAUCUGCUUGGGGUUUCAUGGGUCAGUGCCAUCUCUCUGGGCUUCUUUUUGGGGCACCACGCCAAGCUAGGUUUGGCAGGUGAGCAGUAGUGGCACCUCUGUCCCCACACUGUCCUCUGGGGCAGUUCCUGAGCUGGGCUUUGCUGUUGGUGCCUCUUGUGCAGUGAAGUCGGCCGUAGCUUUAGUUCUGCUUGGCACAGCAGGAGCAGGGGACUCGUGGUGUGUCCCCUUGGCUGGGUGAGGAGAGGGACACAGAGCUGGGCUGCUGUCCAUGUGCAGUCCAGGAUUGAUCCUUGGUGUGCCCCUGGCUCAGCCCCUGGGGGCACCUGAACUCCUCUCUUUCCAAGUGCAAUUCCAGCUUGAGGCUGGUGCUGCUGUCCUUCGCACCAGUCGUGUUUUGAGGAAUGGGUGACAGUUGAUUUUCUGCCCCUCUUUGAGCUGAGUUGGGUUUUUCCCCCAUUUUUCUGGGUGCCUUUUGUCCUUUCCUCCCCCUCUCCUUGUUGAGGAGGCACUGGAGGAAGAAAACCUGCAGGGACAUGAGGACAGUUGGUCAAAUUCCACUUGUUCCUCAAUCCCCACAACAUUUGAGUGUCAAGUGAGAGAUGCUGGCAGGAGAGGGCUCUCCCUGUUUUCAGGGGAUCUGGGGAAGGAGGCUGGAGCAGAGCCCCUGGUGGUGCCUUGCCAUUGCUCCUCCUAGCCUGUGCUGGGAGGAUAAGACACUUUUUGCCUCAGAGGCAGCAACAGGACCCGCAUUGCAGCGUGAUCGGGGGGAAAAGAGCUUUAUGUUGGGGAGGACAUGGAAAAGGCUGAGUGUGAGAGGUUUUUCCUUUCUCCUGCCUCUUCCCAUCCACUUCCAUGCCCUGCCAGUGCCCUCCAGGAGUGACUGCUGGCUGGCACCUCCCCAGAGCCUCAGCCAGGCCUUUCUGCAGUGCCGGCGCCUUGCAGCAGCGAGCUGCUGACUCUGUUAGCAGGUGACACAUAGAGCCCCCCAAAACCACGGCUGCUGAGUGAUUCCUCCUCCUGCCUGCUUGGCUUCAGGCAGCUUUUCCACUUGCACAAUCCUAUCUCUGUACAGUAGCUGGUGAUGCUUUGUAUCCCAAGUGCCUUAUGUUGUAGCCUCUCUGUGCACUAUAGCAGUAGCUGAACACCCUCCUUUGUUACUACGUAUGUACAACAUAUGCUACAUUUAUGUGUUUUCUGUUUCCUUUUUGAUAGAGCUACCAGGAAAAGGGACAUUUGUUUUUGAAGCAUUUCCAUGUGUUCUUUUUAUUAUUUUGGUUUUUUAAACCUAUA